AUGCAAUUCUUUACCAAUCCUUUCCAAGGACUAGUUGUAGUUCAAUCAAAUUCAAGCUCUCCGGUAACAGUUAUUGAUGACCUCGGUUAUCAAUAUGUUAAAGACAAAAACUUCGUUUCUUCGUACAACGAAUUCAAACAACGCGACUACAAUCAGCUUCCCGGUAAAUUGAUUAAGGCUUCUGAAAUAAAAAAUGUUGAUGUCGAAUUCUUGAGCGCUAAACAAUUGAAAGAAAGUAACAGAGCAGCUGCUGAACAAGAUGAUGAAGAUGAUAUUCUCGCCUUUGAUGACCGCGAAGCAAGCACUUUAAAUGAGUCUAUGGAUCAUUCUCAAGAAAACGUAGAAAGUCCUGGUUAUAAUCGUGCGAAAUCAGUUGCAUCAUUAGAAGUAUUUGAUUCUCAAUCUUCUUCGGCUUCAGAAGUUCCUAGUUCUUUUAUGGAUGUAGAAACUCAACCUAAAAAUGUAUUUAAAGUUCCAUCUAAUAAAGUUCAUUCGAGUUCUAGAGACUAUAACAAUUAUAAGGUCAAUAGAAGUGAUACGUCUUCUGAAGAGUUUGAUAGUAGAACAUUAUAUUCAGAUUCAGAUUUGUCUACUAGUACAUCUUCAUCAGUUGUUAACCCUAAAAAUAAGAAGAAAUAUUUAUAA